AUGUUUGGCAUCAUUGCGGAUUUGUUUUCCUCGGCCAUCACGGUUCUUUUCCCUAUUUUUGCCUCCUAUAAGGCUCUGCGCUCGGCCGAUCCCUCCCAGCUGGCACCAUGGCUGAUGUACUGGGUGGUUCUGUCCACCAUCCUGAUGGCGGAAUCCUGGACGGUGUUCAUUCUCGGAUGGCUUCCUUUCUAUAGCUGGUUCCGUCUCUUUUUCUUGACAUACCUUGUCCUUCCCCAGACACAGGGGGCGCGUAUGCUGUACCAAGAUUACGUGGAUCCGCUGCUGUACCAGCAUGAACGGGACAUCGAGGACUUUAUUGGCAGAUCGCAUGAACGUGCUAAAGCUAUGGGACUUCAGUACUUCUACAAGGCCAUUGAACUCGUCCGGGAGAAAGUCCUGGGUCUGCCACCCCAGCGGCCGGCAACCCCUCCCCCUGCGCCUUCGGGUCCCGCGUCUUACGCUCAGUCGUUACUCUCCCGGUUCAACAUCCCAGCCGUAGCCGGGGCUUCUGCUCCGGCCCCCAACAACGACUGGUUCUCUGCUAUCAGCUCUGCAGUGGCGUCGGUGGCUUCGGCUGGUCAGAGCCCCGAGAAGCGAGCGGAGGAGCUCUCCGCCCGUGGCUCCCUCUUGCCCCGCGAGUUGGCUUCCAUGUCCCGUAGCGAGAAGGCGAAGUUCAUCUCAAACCAGCGCGACAUGUUGGAUGUGCUGCGCAGCGCAUUGGCAAAUGAGGAGCAGAACCUGGGCAAUGAGGACGAUGGCCUGGCGUAUGGUUCGUCCCUGAGAAAGAACCGUAGUGACAACUCGUUCGACCAUAUUGAACAUGAGGACAUCCGGGAUCGCUCUCCCGCAAGGCCCGGUCGGACCCCCAGCGGUAACUGGGCAUCGGGCUGGUUUGGCCAUGGGGAGCAAGGGCAAGGCGGCUCUUCGGGCGUGGAGGCUGCAGCCCAAGUGGUGGAUGGGAUUGCUCGAUCCCGUGGUUCUCAUAAAUCGAACUAG